UCGUUCCGUGACAGUAAUUAUGCUGUCAAUGCCUCAUGCUGCAAUCAGGCUUUGAUGAAGUAAGGGCCAUGUACACUGGAUGCUACACGUUUUGCUGACCUGGACAUUGACCUUUUAAUGAAGGUGUCUAUAUUGAGUCCUGUGACCUUUCUGUAGCACUGACACAGUGCAUUCAUUUCAGUCAUGCUCUGUUGCCAGCCUUGUGAAACACCCCUUCACUGCCACAUUGUCAAUGAAACAGGUCACACUCUUUUUCACAUAUCCAUUUUUCUUCAUGUUUACAAACCUUUGCCGUUCCCUUACAUUAAGACAGAUUGCAGUUACUUAAGUAAUAAUUUUCGCCUGGAGAUAAACGGGCUUUCCAAAAAGACAUUUUCUACAAGAAAAUGGCAUGAGUGAAAAGGUGAAGAUUAGCAUAUGGAAAUGAAUCAGACAUCUUUUACAGAGAGUAGACAAACCAAGGUAACCAUAGAGAAAGAGUGCGUGACAAUAACGGGGGAAAACUGAACAAGAUGGAUGAGUGAGAUAGCAGCAACACAUGAAGUGGAUCGUCAGUACUCAUGUGAAAGUCGGGGGCAGGAAGCAACACGUUUUCCUGUUAUAAUAGGUUGUGAGUAUUAUGGGAUUUUACUUCAAAUGAUUGAAGACGCCUUGGGGGUUUCCAGCUGCAGUUUAGAUUACCUGUUGUAGUGACCUCUGUUCUCACGCCACAAAUACGCAGUUCUUGGAAGAGAAAUGGAAAGUUAUAUAAAAACUGCUGUAGUAGGUCUUCAGUUGGCAGGCGCUUGCGUGUCUCAAAUUGCACAAAUAACUUUUCUGCACAUUUCCAACCGCAACUUCCCUGAAGGAAUUCAGAGGUGAUAAUCAUUUCAGUGGUCAAAUAUCCCUCAAGAUGAAUUAAACGCCUUGCAGGCUCAUCAUAUGGAAUCUGUGCUGCCAUUUGACAGGAGCAUCAAGAAGCUGGAAAUAAAUUGAUGGAAACAAUGGCUAAUAAUUCUAAUGAGAGUAUUAUUUGCAGACUUCCUUAUGAUGAGGACAGGAUUCCAUUAGUUGUGUUGUACAGCAUUGUUUUCAUCAUUGGAGUGCCUGCUAACUUGGUGACUGUAUUUUUAACUUACAAGCAAGUCCGGAGGAAAAACGUGCUGGGGAUUUACCUUUUCAGCUUGUCAUUAUGUGACCUGAUGUAUUUGUCCACACUACCCCUUUGGAUGUCUUAUGUCAACAAUGGCCACAAGUGGCAUUGGAGUCCUGUGAGUUGUAAGAUCACAGGCUAUGUUUUUUUCAACAACAUGUACAUCAGCAUUUUCCUCCUGUGCUGCAUCUCUAUAGACCGAUAUGUGGCUGUGGUUUAUGCUGUGGAGUCCAGGGGCAUGAGGCAGCAGAAGUUGGCAGCCAUCAUAACAUGCAUCAUCUGUGUAGUUGUGCUAAUUGUCCAUGUCCCUGUUUUCACAAUGAAAGAAGACGACACAGGCCAGGACUUCAGAAGAUGCUUUGAGCCAGGUAAAGCCUCUGCAAUAGUUACAGGGUUUAACUAUGCCAGGUUCUUCAUUGGAUUUUUCCUUCCCCUGUGUAUCCUGGUUGUCACCAACUACUUCAUCCUAACAAACAUUCAAGCCAGCACCGGCCUGCGUAGUAGAUCAAAGAAGAAGAUCAAGUGCCUGGCGAUCAUGGUGAUAGUUCUCUUUCUGGUCUGCUUUGGGCCGUACCACAUCAUUCUGUUACUCCGAGCCGUGAUGUAUCACAUUCCACAACAGGGACAAAACUGUGAGUUUGGGAAACAAAUCUAUAUACCUUAUACAAUUUGUUUGGGUUUGUCCACAUUCAACAGCGCCAUGAACCCUAUUCUUUAUGUCCUGGCCAGUGAUAACAUUCAGAAGGAGAUCAGGAGAGGACUGCUUAGCUUUCGAAGCGGCACUUCCUUGCAGCAGAGAGGCACUGACAGCAGUUUGCCCAAGUUUCCGCCCUUGAAAAACUCUGUGGAUGCUGAACAAACACUUGAUUAGUAUUUCCUCCCAGGAGUUGAGCUGUUUGAUCCUUUUUUGAAAAUUUGUGUUUUAUUUGGAUUCUUUUCUGAAAGUACAGUUUCUGUUCCAGGACUGGAAAAAAUAAAAAAGAGCAGCUAUUGACAAACUCACAGAAAAACAUGUGGUGACUGCUUCUAUUGGCUUUUAUUCCUUUCUCAGGGGAGCUACUGUGAUUGUACAUAGAAUGAUUAAACAUUUAUAUUUAAAAAUAAAUCACACAGGAGAAAUAAAGAGUUUAAAAUGUGUUUUUUUUAAAUAAUAAUGCUAUGCACUAGGAUGUGUGUUAUAAGACUUCCUAGAUACCUAUUUGAAGAAAACAGCCUAUUUCAGCAUUAUAUAGUUCUAUUUGUUUUUUAAAUGAACAGACCACCUACAACUUUAUUUCAAUAUUUUUUAUUUGCUUUCUGUUCACUCUUAAUGAGUUUUGGAAAGUUUACGAGUUUCUGAUGUUGGUAAGCCCAGAUCAGAAAGUCUUUUGUUUCAAAAUGUUUAACCUUGUAAGGACCAAAUGUUUUCACUGAUACGUGGGGUUGCAGAACAUUAAUGAAAUUACAUACUGUAUAUCUUUGACUAUUAAAAACUUCCUAUU